AGACAUGGCCAUUGGCAGCCCUGGGGAUGCAGAAAACGCUGAAGACCUCGACAUUGAAGAACUUGCACUGGAAGGGUUGAAGCUUCUGAGAUCAAGUCCUGCCUAUGCAGUCGCUCGGUCACUGGAACUUUGGCGACAGCAGGAGGAAGAACGUGCAGUGGUUCGUUUACAGGAAAAAGAGCGAGAGAUGAGAGAACGUUUGGAGGAGGAGUACCGACAACGUGAGUUGCAACGAGCUCAAAGCUUUCGACAUCAACAGGCCGAGCUGAGAGACUUGGAACAACGUGCCAAACGAAAGUUGCUGGAGAUGCAGCAGCGCGAGGCCGCGGUGAAGUCGGAAAUGGCCAAGACCAAAAGUCUCAGCGAAGAAGCGCGGAGGUCUGCUGACCUGGCCAUCCAGAGCUGUGAGGACUCCAUGCGUCGCCAAAAGGCUGAAGCAAAACAGUCGCAUGAUUUCGAAAUGAUGCGUCAAACUCAACUUGAAAACCGGAUCAAAGAGUUGGAGGCUGAAAUUUCCGAGACUCGAGUUCGGUGUUCUGAGCUGCAAUCCACCUUGGCAAAACAAGCCGUUGAAGAGGUAGAGUUGCAAGAGAAACGCUUUGCAUCAGCCUCAAACCUAGUUCAGGAAGAACUUCAAAAAUUGCAGCUGCAGAUGUGUGAGGAAAGGGUAAAGUGCGAGACUUUGGCUGCUUCGAGAGAUCAUUUCCGACGGAAGGUGGAAGAACUUUGCCGAAAAUUGUUGGAAAAGGAGGAGCAGAUUCAAAAGUCUGAGGUGCAAUGUUUCAAGCAAACCGGCGCCUCAAAGGACGCGGCACCUUCAGGAAAUUCUGUCGAUCGCCAAAGCGAUGGGCACUGCAACGCUGCGUCAAAUGCGUCACAGCACUUUACCCUUGACUGGCUGCAGAAGCAGAAGGGCGAAUUACUUGCGACUGGACUCUACACAGAGGAAGAUGCCGUGAUUCGUGCACUGAAUGCUCAAAUUGCAGAGCAGGCGCAUUAAAUUGAAUCAUCCUCUGACUGACGCAGCCAACUUUUUUUUCACUGAAUGUCCUGGUCUGGCAACUGCUUGGGCUGCAGGGGAGCCCGAACAAGAACCGUAGGGGUGCAAAA